UUAAGUUUAGCCAGUCUGAUUGGUACUGUUGCAGUGUUUACACGUCGUUGUUUUGAUUACUUAGAUCCUGCACUGUUUACAAUAAUUAUUUUAUUGAUUGUUUAUUAUAAAUGCAAUUAAAAUGACAAACGCUACGCAAGACAGUGAAUCUGACGUGUCCCUCUCAUCCAUGACAAUAUCUCUUAACAAAACGGAAUUUGAAGACAACACAGGAUCGGCCUCUCGAGAAAAUGUUUCGAUUACGGAAAGUGUUUCUGAUGCAAAGCAGCUACUACAAAGCGACUCUCCGGAUACUUCAGCGAUAUUCGAAACUUUCAUUAUUAUUGAAAUUGUGAUGACAACCCUAGAAUUAAUUAUAUGUACGGUAGCAGCUCUUAAACUAAAUCGAUGGAGGAAAAACUACAGGAAUCAGAUGCUGAUGCAACUAAGUGUGGUGCGCUUUGUGAAGAGAGUAGUUUUCUUAAUUGUUUAUUUGAAUGAAAAAAAUACCAUAUAUAUUUCUUUUGGUGUAAGAACGGCACUGGAAAUUUACAUUGAUUUCGUGAUUGUUAUUUUGGUGUUCUUCUUUAUUAAACACAUGUACGAUAGUUUGAUAGUGGUGUUAGUGAAGAUAAGUGAAAAUAAACUGUGGAGAGUGCUGAUGUGCGCUUGGUUGCUGCCGAUUCCUAUCAGCGCUGCGUACACGGCCCUUCUAAUCAAUGAGGUAUUAGAUAAGACGUCAUUAUACUUACUGGUAUGCUGUCUGUUCAGAUGGCCUCUGAUGUUGUUAGGCACAAUAUUAUAUUUGACGGUUCUUUUCAAAGUUCUGAAAGAUCAAAUAAGAAAAUUUGCUAGAAGUCUCACAAUCAUCACUUUCUUACUGUGCCUUGUUAUAAAUUUCUACUUAUUUUCUAAAGACGUCAUAGAGCUUUGGUGCUUCAAGUCAUUUAUAACUUUAUUAGUAAGCUACAUUUCAGGUUUUCUGUUGAAUAUUUUUAUUCUAUGUUUUUAUAUAAUACUUAUUUUGUUGAAUUUCAAAAGUAACAAUAAGACUGCAGACUCUGUACCUAAUUGUAGUAUAUCAGUUGAAAACUAAUUUUAAACUUAUUUUAUAAAAGCAUACAUUAUGUACAUAUACGAUAUAAAUGUAAUGUGAUUCAUGUAAAUUUUGUAUAUAUAAUUAUAGGCAUAUCGUAAAACAUGUAAAUUACUAUAAUGACUGAAUGAUUGUAAAUAUAACUGCAUUAAAACAAAACCAAAUAAAUAAAAAAUAAAUAUCAUUAAACAAGUUUUACUGCUUUUGCUAUUCCCAGAUACCUGUUUAUUAACAAAAAAAAUAACAAAGGCCAAGUCUCGACCUUUGUUUUCUGUUAAAUAAAAUGUCAUGUCUUAUACUGAAAACAAUUGAUCGAAGAGAAGUGAACGCUUAACGAAAGCCUUCGAAAGAAAAACGGGCAAUAAUCAUGACGUCGGAAUAGAAAAUAACCUCGCUCGCAAUAUUCCACCCAAGCCGCCUUCUAAGGGUGCCACUUCAUUGAAGCGGAGCGGAACGUUGUUUUAAUUAACCAUUAGAGCUCUUUUAUUUUCACGUCUUUUCUACGUGUUGCAACGGAAAGUGUUUAAGAGGGAGCCUUAAAUAAAAAUCACAAAUUUUCACCUAGUAAGUGUAUUGAUUACAACGAAACAGAUUUUUUCUAUAAAAAAAUAACACAAAGCUAAACUGAACCAUUUAGUUCAUUACUUUUCAUACGAGGUGGUUUCAAAAAUUCUCGGCCCGACCAAGAAAACAAAGAAAAUAAAAAUAAAACAUGUUUUAUUUUUCUUCACAUUCUCCCCUUGUCUCAACAAUGGUACUUGACAUACGAUCAAAUAAAGAAUCGAGCUGUCGAAUGAAAAUAAAUUAGUUUACAUACUACCCUCAAAUCUUGGUCAGGCCGAAAACUUG